UAAGAAGUCCGGCGGCGUUAAUCCCGGUAGUUGCAGCAGCAGCAACGGAGAGACCGGCAACGGCAAGAACCGCCACAGCAUCCGCAGCAGCAAGGCGAACUCCAAGCCGGAUUCAACCGAGGCCAUGAAAGUCAAGAAGGGCUGCAACACGACAGACGUCGGGGUCCCUGUAACCACAGAGGAGGAACUGCUCGCCAACAAAACCAUCAGCCCGGAGGAUGUGCUGGGAUUGCAGAAGAUCACCGAAAACUAUCUGUGUAGUCCAGAAGACAAUUUGUACAAUAUUGACUUCACGCGGUUCAAGAUCAGGGAUAUGGAGACGGGAACAGUCCUGUUCGAGAUCACCAAACCACCAUCCACAGAUAGAGGGGAUAAAAGAGAUGUUGAUCCAAACGCUGGACGGUUUGUACGAUAUCAGUUCACACCAGCUUUCUUACGGCUACGUCAAGUAGGAGCCACUGUUGAAUUCACAGUCGGCGACAUCCCCAUCAAUAACUUCCGGAUGAUCGAGCGGCAUUAUUUCCGGGAGCAGCUGCUGAAGAGCUUCGACUUUGAGUUUGGUUUCUGCAUCCCGAGCAGCAAGAAUACCUGUGAGCACAUCUACGAGUUUCCCCCGCUCUCUGAGGAUCUCAUUCGUGAGAUGAUCCUGCAUCCUUACGAGACGCAGUCCGACAGCUUCUACUUUGUGGACAACAAGCUGGUCAUGCACAACAAAGCUGAUUAUUCGUACAGCGGAGGCCCUUAGGACAGCAGUGGGAGGGACUAAGGCAGAGUUUGACUGACAGACCUAAGAACCAAUCACAAUAUCUACGUCCAGCAGCCACGCCCUCUUCAAUCAGUGUCAGACGAGCGGCUGCAGUGCGUCAUUCCUGUUUCGGAGAUCUAGAGAGAGUCACACCAUAAGGUCUUGUCCGACAUGCACACAUAUCCUAUCCUGAUUUCACACACUGCCAUUCACGUCAGCAAAAAACACGAAUACAAGCAUUUAUUUUGAAGCGUACCCCAAUUAUGAGCUAACACGUCCCAUAGUUUGUAUGGGCAAAGCACUGUAAUGUGAAUGGUACUUAGGUUUUACUAUUCAUUGUGUGAGUGUGGUGUGUGUAUGUGAGUGAGAUUUGAUUUAAUGAUUGUGUGUGUGUGCGUGUGCGUGUGCGUGUGUGUGUGUGAGAGAGAGAGAAAGAGAUGAUGCAGAUAAGACCGUUAUAUAUUGUGGAUGUUGAGUAUUUCUUUCCCUGUCAGAAUAAGCUACAUCAAAUUUCAUACUUGUGAACUUUUCAUCCUAAAUAGGAGAUGAUUUUAUGGUGAGACCUUGACUUAAUUGAUAGAUUUGUGUUGAUUAGAUAUAUUUUGAUACGUGAACAAACUCGCUUACUUUUGAGAUGUCGAUUAUUUGUGUGGAAUAAAACAAAACAAAACAAAAAAAUAAGCAAAAAAACUAAUCAAGCAGCGUUCGUGGUGCAAAUCCUUCACGGAUCUACGGUUAUUUUUGCAUUCAAAAGGUCUGCGUGAAGUUCCCGAUUAUUAUACAUAAUUCAUGCUGUGAACCAGAGGUUGAGUAGAUGGAAAAAACGUUUACUGAAAAGGGAACAUGGCACACAUUACAAGCCUUGACAUUUCAAACGACUGGCUCCUGAUGUUUUUCUAAAAAAAACUAAACAAAAAGGAAAGGAAUAUCAGUUUUCAGUAGUUUAGAGAUGGCGUUUCUCCUCAUCUCUCCAUCUUUCAUUCCCUUUCUCACACAUUCCAGUGAUCCAGGCCUUUAUCACGCCUGUUUAGUGCACAUAGCUGAGGUUAGAUUCAGGAUGUGUUGUAUCUAUGAUCCUUGUUUUCAUAGUGCAAAACAUGCAUUUAGGAGAAUGAUUUCAAUAAAACCUUGUUCUUGUGGAAAUGGAUAAGAGCGUGUAAAAAAAAUCAUGGACAAAUGUUUCUAGUCAGAUAUGUAACAGCUUUAUUUAUGAUUGUGAUUUACUGUAAAUGAUUACGAGGGGGUGAAAAUGAAACCUAUGUUUUGGAUUGUUCAAACACCAGUCUGGAAUAAAAGAGAAAUAAAUGUAUAUGUUGAAUUUUUGAAAA